AGACCUCUGCGUCCUUUUUGACGGCUUCCUCGCUGGGGCCCCGCGCAGGACUUCUCCCUAUUCGCUUGCCCUGCAAAUGCAGCCGGAGCCGUCCUGGGUGAGGAGGGGGGAGGGCACAGGGGCCGGCGUUGCCCGGGCUCCGGGCCUACCACCCGUGGGCAGCCAGGGGCGCUGAGAAGAGGCCGGUCUCCCCAUCUCUAUCAGCCUGUGCAAGGGGAAGAAGCGGCCCGAUGAUUCCAGGCGGGAGCUUAAGUUGAACCUGGCAGGUGUCCGAGAGGACUUUGCCCUGGGAGCGCCCGCGGGCGGCUUGUGGCUGACCAGAGACAGUCCCGCCUUGGGCAUCAUUGCAGAGAAGUGGGCAGGGCCUUUUUCCCAGGAAAAAAAAGGGGGGCAUCUCUGCAGGUCCUGUGUUGGUUGCCUACUGCGGGGGAGGCAGGUCGUCUCGUGACAGGGUGCGCCUGGCAGGCUGGGUGAGGCUCCCUCCCUCUGGUCUUGGGGGAGGAUUCCAGGCUGGGUGCUGCCAGGAGCAGAUGGGGUGAAGGAAAUGGCAGUGGACAAGCUCCAGUCGGGCUGCCCCUCUGCCUCAAGCACCACCCCCCACCCCCAAUUGGGAGUCAGCCUCCCUCAACCCUCAGGGCACCUGAGAAUUCUCAGGUGUUUCCUCUGAGAGCUGAUGCAUUGCCCACCCCCCUCCAUUGAUCACAUGGGCCAGCCAGGGAUUGUGCUGGCAGGCGGGCACAGGGAGUGUCCUGGGAUGAGCUUGUCGGCCAGCGGUUGUGUUUGUUUGUGUGGGGGGCUGCUCAGGUGAGCAGGGCCUCUCCUGCUUCCUCUGCUUCGCCUGAGAAGAUCCUGGCAACUUUUCCUCCCAAAUGUGCAACCAUUGGACCUGGCAGGAAAAUGUGCCACCCCCUUCUUUUGCCCUUUCUAGGGCGUGCAAGGGGGAAGGUCCCUGCUGAGGGGAAGGGGCUGCCAAUUCUGGAGAGACCCAGCUGUCCGCAGACCUUCAGGCCAGAGGUACGGCUCCUGGGUUCAUUGAUUCUCUCAUGGAGCUUGGCUGCAUUCGGUCUCUGCUCGGCCUUCUGGUCCCGUUUCCCUAAGCAGCGCCCAGAGUCUCUCCCUGCACCAAGCAGUGCUUCGGGAAAUUGGGCCAGAACAGGUGGUUCCGUUUCAGAAGCUUAGAACCUCUGCUGGUUUGGUGGCAACCCCUGACUGGGCUCCUUUGAACCCCUCAGGUACCGCUGAGGACGACGACAACUACCAGGACCGAAUUGGAUCAAAGGGAGAUGGGGAGUUGGAGAUGGGCAGAGGCUUUGCAGUCAAGGGGCGUGGAAGUUCCGUGGUUGCGAUGGAGUUGGACAGGACAGUUGCUUGCUCCCUUCAGAGGGAGCGGUGUGUUUGGGAGCAUUGAGUUGUCCUAUCCACUUUUCUCGGUCAGGGAUUGUGAGGAUGGCAGGCGUCCAGAUGUGAGAUGGGAGAGUUUGUUGCAGGCGUUAGCACAACGGGCAUAGCUACUUUUGGGGAAGGUAACGGUGGCCUUAACUGGUACCUGGCUCAAGGCAAUUGGACUUCCACAUGGGGAAAUACAUGGCCUUCUGUGUUGCUUCUUCUGCUGGGCACCCAACUGGAAGAUGCAUCUCCCAGAUUCCCUCUCCAUCCAGCUCUCUUGACUGGACUGUGCUGGGAGGGGCGGUGAGCACCACUCCCGGGGCCCACAUUAUUCCAAAGGGACAGGACUCUGCAGUAUCCCCUCAGCUGAAUGAAGAGCCCUUCACCAUGGUACUCACAGCUGGCAGGUUUAACUGGAAUGGGACCAGUGGUGCCAGAGAAGGGACCACUCAGCUGGUGAGCCAUGAGGAGUAGCUGGCCUCGUGUUCAUCACCCAUUCAUCCCUAAAGCCUCCAGGAUGGGGGCUCAUCGAAAUGGGAAUGCUGAUUCCACAUGGAGCCCACAUGGAUUUCAGGGGGGGAAGCAAAACAGCAAAAGCUCCGUGCCUUUCGAUACGUGCAUGGAAGCAUGGAGCCCUUUAUGGAUGCCAGAGGCCUCGGGCACAGGGAGCGGAUCCUUGAGCUUAAAAGUCAAGCAGAAGCAGAAGUGAAUGCCGGCUACUUCCUAGGGAAGAAGCUGGGAUGGCCUAGGAUUUGGGGAGGUGGGAGGCCGGCCAAAAGAUAGUACAGAAAAGUAGUUUUUACAAAUCUUGGCUCGUUGCAAGGGGCGAGCGGCGGGGAGGUGGGCAUUUUCCUCAGGCCCUUUUCCAACAUGGUUCCAACACCAGUGCCCCACAACUCACAAUGCUGUUGCUGCUCUGUCCCCAGGGAAGUUGGCAACUUCUAGGCCUGCCAGCUGCCUGGACAGAGGGCCAUUUCUCAUUGCUCCCCAGGAGCCCCCCAACCCCCUAAUGCUCUCCUUAUUUCACAGCCAGUUUAGUGGGCCAGCAGAUAGAGCAGCCAAGGGCUGGUAGCUGCUAAGGGAGAAUUCCCCCCCACCACCACAAACUCUGCGUUGUGAUAUGAUCCAGGACAAGAAGCUCAUCAAAACGUGGGGCGCUCUUCUGCAUAAGCCAGUUCUGGGCCCCAAAGAGUGGCUGAAAGUCAGGGAGUGCUGAUCCGAUCCAGAGCCUGGAUUCGCAGUCCCAUCAUAUGCUAAGCCAGAUCAUCUUUCCUGAUUGGCAAGCGAUGAUUUGUGGCUGAGUGUGCAUUACGAGGGUGAGCAGCAUGCGAUUCUGUGUGUGAAUGCAGACAACAGAAGCACAGGCCCACUCUCUUGUGGGGGCCCUUUCCUUCCUGGCCUUUGUAUUUCCCCUUCAGGAACUCCCAUGAAGGGGCGGCUGGCCUCCUCCAGGGAUGUGCUCCCCACCCCCCACUCCUGCCUUGAAGCUGCACAGAUCUUCCAGGCACCAGGAAGGGGGCUGCAGAAACCCACCAGCCAAAAUGUACCACCAUCCAGGUGUAUUCAAGUGGUACCAAUAAAGUUCCAGUGUAAACAACAACACCUGGGAAGAUGUCCAGUGCCCUGAUUUGAAAACAAACCUUUAAGACUACACCUUUGCUGACAAGAUAGUGUAGCUGGGGGGGGGGGUGUUAACUGCUUCCCGGGCAGCAUAUGUGCAAUGCUCCCUAGGUAGCCCCUUUGAGCUCUUUUUGCCCUUUCGAAGAGUCUCAUUUUCGAUCCUUGGAAGGAACAGGAUUGAAACAGGGACUCCCCCUGUCCCACCUCCUACUCCUGAGGGAGUAGCUUCCUUUUAGGUAACCUAGUUGCAGGGGUCCAGGAGAAAAGAGGGUGGGCCUGCUGCCCCCCCCCUUCAUAGCCUGAACAGUGUGGAGGCGGAAGGGAAUCCCUUCUGGUUCCCAGACUGUGGAGAGAGAGAGCACAAGGCAGCCAUGUGCUGCAUGCCCCGCCCAGGCCAUGCGCUGGCGUGCCAGUAAGCCCAGGACUGGGAGUUCUGCCAAGGCCUCCAUCAAAGGGAGUGGUCGCCGAGCAGCUGGAAACGGAGCCCGCCAGCAAGUCCUUGCUCUGAGACAAGCGGGGGAAGAGAGGCUGGUUUGAUAACGGUUGGCACAGCCGCUGCUUCCCCCUGGAAAACCACCUCGCCCCCCCCCACCUCCCUGGAGCUGCUGUGCCCUCCAGCCCCUUCACUGCCAGAGAGCACCGAGCAGAAGGGGUGUUCUGCCCUGCAGAGAACUCAAAGGCCUUGGUCUGUUCACCUGCCCCCUUAGGUCCUCUUGCAGUGCCAAAGGAAAGAGGCAGCUGUGCCUGCUGCCAUGCACACCCCCAUCCGAGGGUGGCCUGCCUGGGGGGGGGCUCCCUUCCCCUUUGCACCUGCCCACUGCUGCUUCCUGGGCCAGGAGGCGGCUGUAAGGGAGAAGACAAGUUUUUGAAGACCCUCAGAGCCAGGGGGAGCUCUCUCUUCCUGCAGGCAGAAGCGGGAGGGAGCACACAGGUCUCCCUCAGGGAUCAGAGUGCUGCUGCUUGGCUCACCCCCGCCCUCUGCCCUCGCCCAGUCGCAACAACAACAUGUUUGGGUGGCUUCUUACAUAAGUGCCAACCUCGACCUAAUUCCCUGCUGCGCUUGAGCAAUGCUUUGCAUUUCUGACUCAAGCCUCCAUUUUUGCAACGACUUUGCUAGCAGCCAAGGCAGGUUAAAGGGGGCGGCAGCGGUUGCCAGGGCUUUGCAAGAGGUCGGACGUGGGAAUCCGGGAGGGGUGGAUAAGCGGGUCUUCCCUUUGCGGAGGGGAGGAGAGCUGCGUUCUCCCGUAGGGCCUCCUGCAACCGCGGGACAUGCCUCCGAGUCCACACGGGAGGAGGGUGAAGCCAACUUGCGCCCCCCAUCCCACCCCGGCCCUGCAAAGGAAGCUCUCCGCUUUCCUGGACUAAGGCCAAGCGGGGCCCGGUCUGGAGCCGCAGAAACGGGAAAAGGGAAGCAGCGCUGCUUCCGCUAACGUCGCGGGGCAGCUUAGCGCCAAGCAGGGUCUUCAACCGGGUGCCCCACAGAUGCUUUGGCCCCCCAUUUGCAGCCGCCCUCCCCUCACUUGCGCCGGGGACUGCAGCUCCCCCGCGGCUGAUGCAGCUGGAAAGAGCUGCGCGUCUCUCCCGGCGGGGGAGGGGGGGGCUGGCGAAUGCGGGGCGGGGCCGGAGCGUCUGGAUCGCAGCCAAGCCUCCGGGCGCAGCUGCGCGCGGUCCCGGCAGGAGGGGCGUGGCCUCAUUUGCAUAGCACCUCUGAGCCCAUGUGACGUGGGGAGCGCCGCCCUAUAUAAGGCGGGCGGGUGCCGAAAUAGCCGCAGCUCUUUCUCCCCGUCGCGGCGUUGUUGUGUUGUUGGUCCGUCCUCUUCCCUCGGGCUCUCCGCGCGCUCGUCCCCGCCAUGAGCACAGGCCUCUACCCGCUCCCGAUGGAGGUGGCUGUCUACCAGCUGCACAACUUCUCCAUCUCCUUCUUCUCCUCCUUACUGGGGGCGGACGUGGUGUCGGUCAAGCUAGACAACAGCGCGUCCGGGGCCAGUGUGGUCGCCAUCGACAACAAGAUCGAACAGGCCAUGGACCUGGUUAAGAAUCACCUGAUGUUCGCGGUGCGGGAGGAGGUGGAAGUGCUCAAGGAGCAGAUCAAAGAACUAGCCGAGAAGAACUCCCGCCUGGAGCGGGAGAACCACUUGCUGAAGAACCUGGCUAGCCCCGAGCAGCUGCAGAAGUUCCGCUCCCAUCUGCCCUGCCUGGAGGCUCCAGGGACCCCCGAGAUGAAGACGUCUACAAGCCAAGGGACGGCUGCCCCGGCCCAACACAGGGCGAGCUCUGCGGUGUAAGGUGGCUCUGUCCAUGGGGUGGGCAGAGCCACGGAACUCUUACAACUUGAUCUCCAAGCGAAUGUGGUUUCCUGGCAUCUCCUUUGGAGGACUCCAGAGGGGGCCCUUCACCUGCGGGCCCCUUCCUUGGGUUGGCCCAGAGACUCUCCCGAGAGAGAAAUAAAAGGAGCAAGGCUGUAUUGGAGUUGCUAAUGGGCCCCGGGGGCUGCUCCUGCAGGAGGCCCCCGGUUGGCUUCCCCACGAGAGCGCCCCUAGAGGAGAGACUCUGCUAAAGGUGGGGGGGGCAAAGACAGCUGGUUUACAAGAACCCCCGCUGGAGGUUUUCUUCAAGCAGCGCAGAGGAAAGGCAGCCCCCCCCACCUCUCCUGGGAUAGGAACAGGAGCUCCUGGUGGGCUGGCAAGGCUUCACCCUUGUGCCUCACUGGCCCUCUCACUCCCAGACCGCCUGAGCAGGCUUUUGACAAGCUAGAAUGAGUAUUGGAAGCCAGGAGGGUCUUCUCCUGCUGGGGUGUGUCCACUGACUUUUAUAUACUGACGACAGCCUCCCCUGUGUGGGGGGGACACUUUAUGUUCCCUGCAGCCCCUGGAUCUGUUGAUGGGCACCAAAAGAGGAUCACCAGGGGGAGCUAGAGGAGAUGGGCUCUCACAUCCCACCUGGAGUGGGGGAAGCUUGCUUAUGUAGUGCACCCUGAGGAUGGGUGCAUAGUGAGAUAACGCAAUAAAUUUUGUUGUAUACACCUG